AUGGAAGUAGCAAAGAAAAAAGAAACGAAAACAGAAAAAGAAGAAAAAAAACAGCCUGAAUCCAAAAAAUUGAAUUACACAUUAUGUAUUCCUUCAACAGUUAUAUCUGAAGGAAAUGUUAAAUCUCUUAAAGAAAUCACACAAAUAGCUUAUCAAAUUGCAAAAAAUUGUACAAUUUACGAUGUUAGUGAAAUUGUGGUUCUAGAUAUUCCAGAAAUUCACCUAAAAAAUAAACCCAAUGAAGAUCUAAAACAAGAUACAAUUAAGAUCAAGUUUGAAGAUAAUGGAAAUAAUUAUAAUGAAAAAAGCUUCAAGAAAACAGGCAAAAAUUAUUCUGAAAAUAGUUUGUUAUUAGCUAGUUUGCUACAAUUUUUUAUAACUCCACCAUAUUUAGUUAAAUCGACAUUCAAAGCAGAUAUGAUCAAGAACUUUAAAUACGCGAAGACUUUUCCAAAACUAUCCACGUUGCCAUUUAUGAAUAAUAAGAUAGCAAAUGCUGAUGGUAAUGAAUAUCCAGACAAAAAAGUGGUCAAAAGGAAACAUAUACCUGGAGAAAAAGUUCGAAAAAAUAAAAAAAAAAAUAAGGAAGCUAUAUUAACAAAAUAUGUUAAUAUUGGAAAAUCAAAAGCUUUAACAUUAAUUGAUCAAGAAGUUCCAAUUAAUGUUCGAGUAACGGUUAAUUUAAAGACAUCAAAGGUAGUUUCACCGAUUGAAGCAUAUGGUAAUUCCAAAAUCGGAGCCAAUCUAUCAUUUGGAUAUCAUGUUAGAAUCUCUACUAAUUUCAUUUCGAUUUUUGUUGAAACACCAUUUGCUAAUGGAUAUUCAAGUUCGAUUUAUGUUCAAAGUGGUGAUUAUUAUUCGGAUGUCAGUUCUAAAACCGCAAAAUUUCCCAGGAUGUUGAAUAUAGAUGAGAAAUUGAUAUUAGAAAGAGAUAAAAAAGAAGAAUUCAAUUUGUUGUUGGUGUAUGGGAAAUUAACGGAUUAUGAUAAGGCGUUUCAACAAAGUAAAAGUGAAUUGGAGGCAGUAAAUAAUUUAACAGAGAUGUUCGAUGGGAAAUUGGGAAUAAAAAAGAGCAAUAUAAGAAUUGAAGAUGCGAUACUAAUAUCACUAGCGAGAAUUGAUUUUAUAGCUAAUAGGUAG